UUUUGUGGUCGACAGCUGGCGUUCUGUUUACAUCGAGCAUCGAGCAUCUGAAAAACAGUUAUAGCGUCCUGAUUGUGCAUCAAUGAUUUCUUUCUGCUAAUCGUAUACUAUUAUUACAAAGGUUAAGUCGUUUUUGUUACAGAAAAAUCAAGUUAAUUCACAAUUUUUUGCCGGAUUACCGGAGCUCCUUGCGUACACCUUCUUGGUUUGUAAAACAGAGAACCCAACGGGACCGUUCAGACGAGCGAUACUUGCGACGAUUCUUGUGCGAAACCACAAGAGUGCAGCGGUGGUAAAGAAAACACAGACAGAAAAACAACUGGGACGGCUGGGAGAUAAGAGAAAAGGGGGUGAAAAUAGAGUUCGAAGAAAGAGCGGAUCGUGGGGCGCAUCGAGAGCAAAACUGGAAUCAAACGCCUAACCACCCAGUUCCCAGUUCCAGUUCCUCGUCCCCGAGACUAGCAAGUAUCUAGGCCCGCAUCAUCAUCCCUCCGUCCUGUUGAGAGCGAACAGCCAAAGUGCCGUUGUGUUCUGCGGUCGGGCCAGCCACGGGUUCACAGCAAGGUUCCAGAGGCUGCAGUCGUCAUCGUCGUCGUCGUUUGUGGUGCAGCAUCUUCCAGGUCGGUGCUCCAGCUGCUGGUGAUCAUCGAGAUGGCAUCUAUCGGCGCAUACAAUCUCACGGUGGACGGUGAGCUGCGCUACGUACUGCAGUGGUUCUCGGAGUGGACCGAGUUCCAGCGCGAAGAUUUCGUGCCGUUCUUGGCGUCCUACUUGCAGAGUGGCAAAACAAACGUGCACGUUAAUGGUAUUAUCGAUGGAAUGGCCCAGCUGAACCCCGGACAGGACAAACCGAUGAGCUUGUUUCAGUGCAGGGUAAAACUCUUCAACGAAUGGUGCACCAAAUGGCCGCAGGAAUUCAAAGCCAAAUUGCUGGAACGAUUGGAGCAAAUCGACAGUCAGAUUGCGGCCCGAAUACGAUCGGAACUGUUGCUGGACGGUACCAGCAGUAACGGAACAUCGUCGAAUGAGGUGACGGUCAACGGCGGCAUUGAGGUCGCUGCAGAAAACGAAUCUUCCACAUCGCCAACAACCGUGUUUCCCCAUGAAGUCGUGGCACCGGUGCCAGUGCUCGUUGCCGAUGAAGAUUGAAGAUGAAGAACUGUCGAAAUGUAGAUCGGUCCGUGUGUAAAUGGGCACACAUCAGUAGUUUACAUUCCGUUUGAACAUUCCUCGAUCGUUUUGAUCAGUAAUAGCAUUAAGGAAGGCUCGAUGUUCGACACUGGAGCCCAACAGAUGAAUAUUUAUUGACAAUUUUACGUUGCAGAAUCUUUCUGGAAGUCUCAUUCCUUCCGUUCCAUUCGCCCAAUAGCAGCUGGUAGGAGGAGCUAGUAUUUCAUUUAUUUAAACAUUCUCAAACCAUCAUAUCGUUACAUACGUAAGGCCUGUUGAAAUGUUGAAACACCGAACCAGAAUAAAGAAUCUCUCGUAUUUA